AUGCCACUAAAGGUUAUUGUCGUCGGCGCUGGUCUGGGAGGCUUGGGCGCAGCAAUCGCGUUGAACCGGGCCGGACACGAUGUUCAAGUUAUCGAACAAUCCGGAUUUCUCAACGAGGUUGGCGCAGCUAUCCAUGUUGCCCCCAACGCGAGUCGCAUCCUAAAAGAAUGGGAAUGCGACUUCCAAACGCUGCAAGCAUCCCAGUGCAAUAUAUUGCAAGUGUGGAAUUCGGCAGGUGAACUUCUUUGGACUCCUAUUGUGACUAAGGAACUCCAAACAGCACUGGAUAUUCAUGAUGGCUGGCUCUUGACUCAUCGUGUUGAUCUACACAACACUCUUCGGGCAACAGCUGCGAAGGAGUUCAACGGCAGACGGGUGAACAUCAGGUUGUCGUCUCGUGUGCAAUCAGUAGAUGCCGAGACAGGGGUCGUCACACUCGAGGAUGGAACCACAUUCACUGGUGAUUUGGUCAUUGGCGCCGACGGAAUUCACUCUCGAACCGUGAGCAGCGUCACUGGAGAGGAAUCAUCAAAGGAAAGCACUGGUCAAAACUGUUUCCGAUUCCUGAUCCCCGUAUCUAAGGCACUGGAAAAUGAAUUGGCUGCCUCUCUCUUGAAAAAGACGGGCCUGGAUGGUCUCCAUGCAUUCACGGCAAGCGACCGGCGACUGGUGUUCUACCCGUGCCGCCAGGGCCAACUGUUAAAUGUUGCUGGUAUUCACCCCUCGGGAGACGACACCUCAGCGAAGGAAUCCUCCUGGCUGGAUUCUAGUAGCGUGGAACAUCUUCUCGAGACCUACAAGGACUUUAGCCCCGAACUCCGAGAAAUGUGCCGCCUUGGUGAAGAUGUGAAGCUGUGGAGUCUAGCAUCCCGUUCCCCUCCAACCAAGUUUGUCAAAGGCAGGCUUGCUCUCGUCGGAGAUGCAGCACAUCCAACACUUCCUCAUCAAGGCCAGGGUGGUGCUCAGGCAUUCGAGGAUGGUGCGGCCCUUGGUGCGCUAUUUCCUUCGGACACAACACCGGAGCAAGUAUCUGGACGCUUGGAGUUGUACAACAAGGUUCGCUAUGAGCGAGCAUUGACAGUCAUGAUGAUGUCGAAGACGCAUGACGAGCGCCGCGCGGAGAUGCUCGACGAAUUGCGCAAAUAUGUGCCGAGUGCCGAACUUCCGAAAGAUAUGUUUUCUUUCACUUGGCCCUCUAAUCCAGCACAAGAUGCCCAGAGUCUACUAGCAGCUUCUCAGGGAACUUCCUAGGGGCUAUGCUCGGG